AUGUCUUCCCCCAUCCGACCAUGUCUGCGCUUCUCAAGCUUACCAAAGCUCUCCCCGCGAAUUACCCAGCAUAUACGAAGUCGCAGGGCCUUUGCAGAUUAUCCCAAACCUCCAGAUCCAUCGAAAGAAGCCCGCAAGGGUGUUGUAGCUCCAAAAACUCGAAUAGCUGUCGGGAUCGUCUUUAUUGGAGCUAUGAUUUAUUCUAUGGUAACGGAGGAGCCCACGAAGGCUGAUACGGCCACAAUUGCCGAGAGGGACUCUCAACUCAAAAGGGAAUCAGGCGUCACAGAGAACUCCCCAAUGCGAUUACGAAUGGAAGAAUUCAUAAAGCAGCAACAGAAGGAGAUUGUCCAAGAGUUGGAGAAGGUAGAUGGGAAGAAGUUUCGAGUGGAUACUUGGACACGAGAGAAUGGUGGAGGAGGUAUCUCGAGUGUUCUACAAGAUGGAAACGUCUUUGAGAAAGCUGGCGUAAACAUCAGCGUAGUCUAUGGAACCCUUCCCCGACCGGCGAUCGAGAAGAUGCGGGUUAAUCACAAGGCUAUUGACCCCACCGUGAAUUCUCUGGAUUUCUUCGCGGCUGGCUUGAGUAUGGUCCUUCAUCCUGUCAAUCCUAUGGCACCCACAGUUCACCUCAACUACCGAUACUUUGAGACCGCAAAUCCAGAUGGAACCUCGAACGCAUGGUGGUUCGGUGGUGGAACGGAUCUUACGCCCAGCUACCUCUUCGACGAAGACGCCAUCCACUUCCACAAAACGAUAAAGGAAGCCUGCGACAAGCACGACAAAUCAUACUACCCCCGCUUCAAGAAGUGGUGUGACAACUACUUCGUCAACAAGCACCGCAGCGAGUCCCGCGGUGUAGGAGGGAUCUUCUUCGACGAUCUAGAUGAGCAGGAGAAAGAUCAAGAUAAUACAUUUGCAUUCGCGCAGAGCUGCUUGAAAGCCUUCCUUCCGUCGUAUAUCCCGAUCAUCAUGAAGAGGAAGGACAUGCCGUUCACGGAGAAGGAGAAGGAAUGGCAGCAGAUUCGGAGGGGCAGAUAUGUGGAGUUCAAUCUCGUGCAUGAUCGUGGAACAGCCUUUGGGCUAAAUACCCCUAGCGCGAGGGUCGAGAGCAUUCUGAUGAGUCUGCCCCUGACGGCGCAGUGGAGAUAUAUGUUCGAGCCGGAGAAAGGGAGUCGAGAGCAGAGACUUGUGGAUGUAUUGAGAGAACCCAGGGAAUGGAUUUGA